AUGGAUGAGUGGUUUGGGUAUUCCACACUGACCAUAUCCACUGAUUACAAGCUGGGACCGACCCUCCCCCGCACGCACACUCCCGUCGCCAAGCAGAGCGCGCGCCUGCGGCUCGAUUCAAUCAGGAGCGAGAUUCGGGCGCGUGCAAGCAGAGCGCGCGCCUGCGGCUCGAUUCAAUCAGGAGCGAGAUUCGGGCGCGUGCAAGCAGAGCGCGCGCCUGCGGCUCGAUUCAAUCAGGAGCGAGAUUCGGGCGCGUGCAAGCAGAGCGCGCGCCUGCGGCUUGAUUCAAUCAGGAGCGAGAUUCGGGCGCGUGCACGCGCAGCUAACUGUCACUGUGUCAGAGAGCGGCAGCUGCGGAAACGAGGAGGAAAAAGAGAAGUAAUGUAUACUGCCUUCAAAGCUAUUGGGAAUUUGGUGGAUUAUAUACAGGUCUGCGAUUCUGAUACAAAGCUUGACUCACAUGCAACUAUGGAACUUGUUAAAGUCUUAGAUUCAAAGGAAAACUAUGGAGCAGUUGGAGGGGAAGUGCGAGUACUCAAUGUCACCGACUCAUUUGUUAGCUUCAUUAGCAGCCUGUGCUACUGGAUCACAUUCAAUAUAGAACGAGCCUGCCAGUCGUACUUUGACUGUGUGUCCUGUAUCAGUGGGCCUUUAGGGAUGUACAGGAAUAAUGUGCUUCAGCAAUUAUUAGAGCCCUGGUAUAAUCAGAGAUUUUUGGGAAUCCGGUGUACUUUUGGGGACGAUCGUCACCUGACUAACAGGGUGCUCAGUCUGGGUUACUCCACCAAGUACACACCCAAAGCUUGGUGCUACACAGAAACUCCAGCUCAGUACCUGCGCUGGCUCAACCAACAAAUACGAUGGUCCAAGUCUUUCUUCAUAGAGUGGUUCUACAGUUCUCUCUGGUGGCAUAAGCAAAGUCUAUGGAUGACAUAUGAGUCUGUAGUUAUAGGAAUGUUGCCAUUCUUCAUGAUUGUGGCCAUUGUCAAGGUAUUCUAUCACAGGUGUCUCUGGGAUAUUCUCUGGGUGCUCCUCUCCUUUCAUUGCAUUGCACUGGUCAAAGCAUUUAAUGCUGCAUGCCUGAAUGGGGGUCUGGUGAUGAUGUUAAUAUCUCUCUAUCCUAUCAUCUACCUGGGUGGGCUGCUGCCAAUUAAAUGCUUUUCACUUCUUACCAUUACUAAUACCAGCUGGGGAACAUCUGGACGCAAAGAGAAAGUCAAAAACUACAUCCCAUUGCUUCCACUUUUGGUUUGGGGGAUCAUCCUCCUUGUGGGUUUAAUUGAGACUGUAUUCACGGAGACUGAAAGAUCUUGGGUCCAUGCUGAACAGCCAUUAUAUAAACACUACGCUCUUUAUGGAUCACUGGCCUUGUUUACAUACUGGGCAUGUAUGGUUGCAAUUUACCAUAUAUGGUCAUGGCACCGGUGCAGAAGAAAUACUGCAAUGUACCGUGUUGAAGUGUAGAUAGAUUUUGUGUAAAGUCACUUCAUGGAAUAUUUGAGGAAUAGCUAGCACUUUGAAGCAUACUUUAUACAAUAUAAAUUUAGAGAUUCUGCUUUUUGUUCCUUACAUAAUUUGUCUCUGCAGUCUGUCCUGAACAGUGCAACUUUUGUAGUCAGAAGAACAGCAAUAAUACUGUCUUCCACCUGUCUGUCAAUUUCAUUCUGUCAGCCAGUAGCACAACAACAUUACAUUUUUGCUAGUCCUUCAUCAGAUUUGUGGGUAAAAGCUCAGCUUAUGAUGAUGAUCCAAACAGGUGGGAAGGGUGUUACUUCAGAAUGAAAGCACAGGGUACCAUAACUGUCCUUCAUGGCUUUAUACUGACAGCAUAAGAUCAUGUGUAGUCCAAUUACAUUUACUGAAACGUAUCUGCUGAGAACAGGAAUUGAUUGUAAUGCACACAAUGACCAAUAUAACCUGCUAACCUCAUCAUUUGGCAUCGUAUCAGAGGAAUACUUCUCAUCAAUCCAUACUCCAAGUUAACCAACACAUAUAAGAGAGGAAGAACGAUUUUCUUUAAAACAAAAUUAUUCGUUUCUAAUUGUCACUGAGUGUAAAUGUGCCUUUGGGCAGUGUUAUUUUGUGAAAGGUAUAUGUGUAAAAUGUUUUAGACAUAUGAUACAAUACUGUACAUUAUCCUUCAAGAAAGGAAGGGUUAGUAUAAACAAUAAUUAAAUAGAAACAUGCUAUAAUCUGACAUCUUAAACAUCGAGUGUAUCUAAACUUCAGUUUGAAUCACGCCACCUGAUAUUUUUGUGAAUCAACCUCCAUAAAGUCCAAACAGUUUGUGUUUGUUUUUCAUUUAAUGAUUUGCCCUGUUUUAAAUUUUGUGAAUUUGUAAAACAAUUUUUUUCUUGCUAUUAUCUCAUGUUGUACAAAUUCUGAAUCACUACACAAAUAUCUAAUGUUAUCGGCAAAUUAUUUAAUAUGGAUUUUAAUUUUAUGCAUGUUUGCGGAGGAUUCAUGGUGGACUCCUUUAUGGUCCAUGGAGGCACUGCAAUACACCAUGAGAAUCAAUCAAUAUGAUUGGUCUUACAGAGAAGUUUUUAAAUUACAAUCUUUCAUAUUGGUAUUGCCAAUGAGACACCAAAAUUAGGCAGAUGUUGAAUGGUAUCCACUUGAUGCAGGUUAUAGUUACAGUUUAAACUUGUUUUCAGAUUGUUUUUGUAUAAUGUUUACCAAGAGUCCUGUCACGUGCUCUUCAAAUUGGGUAAACCUUCUAUUCAUUUGUACACAGGAGAUAAUACCAGUAAUGAUAAUAAAGGGGAGAUCAACAUUUAUUGGUUCAAGAAUAGCCUGGGAAUGACUUCUCUUCCAUUUUAACUGUAUUUGCAUUUGACUUUACACCUCAGUUCACAUUUGAAAAUAAAUCUUAGACAAAUAUAUAAAUCAAAUAAAUUGAAUACUUUGGCUCCAAAAAUAUUGCUUAUUCCCUGCACAGACUGAAGACACCACUAGAAAAGAGACACUUUAUGACUAAGAAUUAGUAAUUAAGGGAAAACAGAAGUAAUCAAGGUGGUUAUGCAAAAAACAGAUGGUUGCAGUUCCCCUUUUCCUCCACGCGAUAGCAUUAACAUCCUCUGUAAUAUGAAAUAGAAUUUACUUAUGCCACACUGUGGCAACACCUUGGUAUGACAUGAAUAUCAAUUCUAUAGCCCUAAUGAAAAAUUCAUUCCUACUCAUUGCUAUACCUAUCAUCAAUGGUAACUAUGGGAAAAGUGUUAGCACAGACCUUGUAGCAGCUUUGAUAGAAAACAGUCUGCCUUUAAAAAUGUUUGUGGAGUCAAGCUCAAUAAAUCAAGAUUCAGGUGCAAUAUGUUGAAGAGGAAGAUCUUUGGAAUUCUCAACAUCCAGGCCUGAAGGCAACAAACCUGGAGGUGAGCAAUAAAUUUAAUUAAAGUGGGACGGUGGAGAGCCAGAACCUUGCUGCCUUCCAGACCUUGCCCUAAUUAAGCACCAAUUGAGGCCCUAAGUGGCCAAUUAAUGCCUACUCAAAAGCGUCAUUCCGCUUGGGGUGCAAUUACUUUACUUACAAGCAGAACAAGGAGUGGUCAGCCUACUGCACAGGUUAAUCAGUGCGGGAAGGUUAUCAUUUUGGUGGGAGUGGCAAUCUCUCGAUCCACACUAAUUUCUUUAAGACCAAUAAUUGGACUUGGUUUUGGGAGCUGAAGGUUUUCUGCGAGCUUCCCCUUGCUUUUGCUUCUAACAUCCCUGGGCCUUGCUUCCCAUGAUCCUAGCGCAGAAGCUUCCACCCUGCGUUAAUACUUAUCUUUCUUGUUGUUAAUGCUCCAUCCUAGGGGUUCAGUGUUCAGCUGUGGCACAGCCAAGUUCUGGAGCUGCCAGUCUCUAUUUGGCCAGUAGCUUCAGGAUGGUCUGAUGUCCUGGCCUGAGGUCCUACUUCUGGUAGAAACUGAUCAGCUGCCCGAUUCUCAGAGAAUCUUGCAGGUUUCCCCAUCUUAGGGUUUCAGCUCUCCCUAACAGGAAAACCCUGGCCUAUGUUCACAUAGAUAGCAUGGCCAAUUCCUUAUUCUGUGAUUCCCUGCAAGAGAUACAUCAUCCCAAAAUAUAAACCAUAAAGCCCUUGUAAUUCUAGGUGAUGUAGGUUCAAUCUGCUCACCUCUGCCUUAAAAAAGAAGUCCUCGUUCCAGGAACCUGUUUUCUCAACCCCCACUAAGGCUAGUAUCUCCAUCUCUAGUUAUAGUAAACAAUUCGGUACUCGGUGUAUUCCAGAAAUGGGCUUACGAAGGCUCUAAGUGGU